AUGUUAAUCAAUUUUAAGGGAUAAGAAAUUAAAGUUGGCAACAUAGAAUUCAAUACUUUGAUUGACAUAAUAGAAGCCACAUUCCCUUAUGAAUUACACACGAUGUAUUAACUCAUCUAUAAGGAUGAUGAUGAGAGUAAUCCUGUCUUUAUUGUGGAUGAAGAUUCAUUGCAGGGUGCUAAAAAUCUCUGUCAAACCAAAAAUAUCGAACUUGUGUUAGAAGUUCAAAAUGCCAAUAUUGAUGCUUCCAUUUAUAUUCUCAAAAGACAAAUUAGUAGCGACAAAUCAAAUAUAUAUUAGGAGAGUCUUCAUCAGAUCAAGGAGAAACUGAAGGGAUACAAGGAAGAACAAGAAAUUCAGCAGUCUAUCUUUGAAGUUAAGGAUGAGGAUCUCACAAUUCCACAUAUAAUGCAAUAUUACUAGAAUCAAUUGGCAAAGUUUGCAGCCAAUUAUCAAAAGCAAUCUAACGAGCACAAGGCUAAAAAUUACUAGUUGUAUUAAGAAUGCUUUGGCACUUUGUUAGGAAGGAUGAAACAAAAAUUAUAGAAUUAAUUUGAACUUAUUAUUUAGAAGUCAAAAGGAGUUUAAUAGAACGAAGAGAAAAUAAAUGAUUUUUAAUAAUUCUAAUGA